AUGGCCCGCCAGCCCGUCUACGAGACGACGUUAGACUUACGUCUCAAGCAGCGAUAUGCCGACCAGGGCUUGGACCGAAUGGCCCAGAGUCCUAGUCGCAACCAAGAUUUACCAGUGGUAACAGUGAAAAUCAACGACACACCACCUGAGUUUUGGGUAGACUCUGGAGCAGGUGUCAACGUUAUCGGAGAGACAACGUGGCAGAAGCACCUGCAGACGAUGCAGCUAGAACACACAACCACAAAGCUGGUACCAGAUGGAGUCGCGCCAGAAAUCCCAGUCAUGGGAAAGUUCUCUGCAACGGUCUGUGCUCUAUACCAAGUCAUCGAAGCGACAGCAUACGUCGUAAAAGGGACACAUCGGUCGCUUCUGAGUUACAAGACAGCUUCUGACCUAAAGCUCAUCACAAUACUUCAGCUCAUCACAGAACACAGUAGUGUCGACGCAAAGAAAGAGUUUCCAAAGCUGUUUGGCAAGGUCGGUCGGUUCAAGAACUUUCACGUCAAGCUGAACAUCUCACAAGACGUCCAACCAGUCGUGCGACAACACCGUCGAAUUCCUUUCUAG